AUGUCUCACCGGGGACAUGCGUUUGGGCUUCUUUGCGCUGGAUUAGGCCCUUUCUUCCUUCCUCGCACCGCGCAAUGCGCGCAUAAUGACCGCCUUUCUUUGACGCAUUUCUGCGAGGUGCAUGGUCCUACCUCGAUCAUCUGCUCGCAGGUCCUACCGUUCCCUUGUUCACAAUGCUAUCCCGACAAAUCUGAUUCCUCUCCCGACGAAACCCCUGCCACCUCUCACGACACCGUUUCAUCCCACGGCCUGCAGAGCCGCGCGAAUACUAAAUCUACCCCAAAUAAACUCUCGGAAAAGAACAUCGACUCCUCCGACAGGUCUCCCAGGAUAGAAGACCAUCCCUAUUUCCUCAAAGGCCAGGCCACGCCGGCUGACACUCAACAACGACCCAACUUCCUCGGCGGCGCAGACGGCGACACGUGCGCCAGUUGCAGCUUGACUCUCCCUGAAGAUGUGAGCAAGCAGCUGCCCCCAGGUGCGCCAGGAACGGCCCGAAGUGACGGCAAAGGGAGGAACGGCAGUCCGGUUUUGCGAUCGAGAGAGGUCGUCUACUCUUGUGGGACCAGUCACGCCGACCACGAUGAUACCACACACGACCCGCAUGCUCAUGCUUCAUACCCCGACUCCCUUCAUUCGGCCUCUGUUACAUCGGACGCCUCCUGUCAUACACACAUCCUCACCUAUCUUUCAUUGCGCGGACCUCCCAAUCCGGCUGAUUACGCGCUUCUGCGACGUUCCUCCAUUCGAACCCUGAGUUGCGAACUUUUGCCACGCGGUCUCUCCUCGGGCCCUCUAUGUUUUGGCGAUUCUACCGCUGGCUAUACGAUAGCUUACAUCUUUCGCCUGCCCGACCCCAUGGCUCGCGGGAAACGGCGUAGCUAUGCCCUUGUCGCAUUGGCAGGAAAAGAUGCCGGACGAGCCUUCCGUGCCUGUCCUGUGAUUUGGCGCGCAUUUGGUCGGAUUGCCACGGGCAUUGUCAACUCAGCGGAGAAAUACCAGGAAGAAGAAAAGCGUCGCGAUGAACAAAACAACGCAUCGAAUAGACGCGGGAGCAAGCAGUAUACACCUGUUUCCUCUUUCCUCACAGGGCGCGCCCUUGACCCGGAUGGACAGCUUCGCAGACCCGGUCAAGUGCGAGCGAGAAACCUUUCGGAAAUCGUGGGAAACCAAUACAUCUUUGCUGAAAUACAUGCACACUUUGUUGCGCUCCUGCAGCAGUUGGGUACGAUGUUUGGAGCCUCACCUAUUUCAGAAGAACGAUUCGUGUGCAGCACAGUGCGCGAAGAAGACGCCACUGCUUCACGGAAAUCAUCAUUAGUACCUGGUGGCAAGGAGAAGCCGCAGGAUAAGCUUUCGCGACAAUACGAGGACAGCGAUCUGGGAAUGUCCACUUUGGACAUCUCCUCGGGGCCUAAGCCGAUCCCCAUCGCACCUCGCCGACCAGUGAUCGCUUAG